AUGGACAAAUUUGUGACAAGAGGGUUGCCACCAUCUCUAAGAAGAGAUGAUGGCUCUUCAAAGAUAAGUGAUGUAGAGAUCAACCUUGAGGAUCUAGCUGCAGAUCCUGGACUACGAACUCCGAUAUUGAAUUACCAUCCCGAUAUUCGAGAUCAAAUUCGGAGAGCAUAUUUACUAAAGGAAUAUAGCAAAGAUAAAGAUGAAGCAUAUUGUCUAUGUUGUUAUCUUUUUAAACCAAAAAUCGGAGAACAAUCGGGUGGUGAUACCUUCGUGAGUGAAGGAUUUUCUAAUUGGAAGAAGGGUUUGGAAAAACUACAAAGCCACAUUGGAGGUCCAAAAAGUGCCCACAACCAAUGUUCGAGUAUGUGCCAAGCAUUAAUGAAACAAAAACAACACAUUCAAUCAAUUUUCUUCAAGCAAUCAGAGAAGACACGAAUUGCAUAUCGAACACGAUUGAUUGCAUCAAUUGAUUGUGUUCGACAUCUUUUGCGACAAGGUCUUGCAUUUCGUGGUGACGAUGAAACUGAGGAUUCAAGCAACCAAGGGAAUUUUCUCGAGACAUUGCGAUUUCUUGCGAAUCAUAAUGAAGACAUUAAUGCGGUUACAUUGCAAAAUGCUCCUGAAAAUCACAAAUUAACGGCACCUAAGAUCCAAAAGGACAUUGUUAAUGCCAUUGCAUUGGAGACUCUCAAUGUUAUUAUCGGAGAUAUUGGUGAUGCUUUUUUUUCUAUUCUAAUUGAUGAAUCUCGGGACAUAUCAACAAAGGAGCAAAUGGCUUGUGUUUUACGGUAUGUGGACAAGAAUGGGCAUGUAGUUGAACGUUUUGUGGGUCUAGUGCAUGUUUCUGAUACCACUUCCAUCUCACUCAAGAAGGCGAUUGAUGCUUUAUUUUCUAGACAUGGGUUGAGCAUUUCUAGAUUACGAGGGCAAGGUUAUGAUGGGGCUAGUAAUAUGCGAGGUCAGUUCAAUGGUCUCAAAACUCUCAUCUUGAAGGAGAAUGAAUGUGCUUUUUACAUUCAUUGUUUUGCCCAUCAACUCCAAUUGGCUCUCGUGGGUAUGGCAAAAAAACAUGAGGAUAUUGUUUCUCUCUUCACUUUUGUUGCUAAUCUUAUAAAUAUAGUUGGUGGUUCAUGUAAACGUUGUGAUAUUCUUCGAGAGAAGCAAGCUUCUAUAGUUACCGAGGCACUUAACAAUGGUGAGCUUUCAAGUGGGCAAGGCCUAAAUCAAAACACUUCUCUUAAACGAGCUAGUGAUACACGUUGGGGUUCACAUUAUGACACUUUGAUUAGCGUGACUAUUAUGUUUUCAGCUAUUGUUACUGUACUUGAGACACUUGCAGAGGAUGGGUCAUCAGAAAAAAAGUUUGAAGUAAAUCUUUUAUUGGAAUUUAUACAAUCCUUUAACUUCAUAUUUUGUUUGCAUUUGAUGAGAGCUGUUUUGGGAAUUACAAAUGAUUUGUCAAAGGCACUUCAAAGGAAAGAUCAAGAUAUUGUGGUUGCUAUGUCCUUGGUCAAAUUAAGUAAGGUCCAAUUACAAAGGAUGAGGGAAAGUGGAUGGGAUUCUUUACUCAACGAAGUUUCUUCUUUUUGUGUGAAACAUGACAUUCCUAUUCCUAAUAUGGAUGAUACAUUUCUACCUCGAGGAAGACUACGACGUAAAGCUCAUGACAAGUCAAACUUGCAUCAUUAUCGUGUUGAUUUGUUUUAUUCCAUCAUAGAUAUGCAACUUCAAGAGUUAACUAGUCGUUUUUCUGAAAUGAGUUCCGAGUUGUUGCUUUGUGUGGCUUGUUUGUGUCCGGAUGAUUCAUUUUGUGCUUUUGAAAAGCAAAAACUAAUCCGCCUUGCUCAAUUUUAUCCCAAAGAAUUUUCUUCACAUGCUCUCAUGAGACUUAGUGAUCAACUUGAGAAUUAUAUUGCGGAUAUGCGUUCUAAUUGCGAGUUUGAAGGAUUAAAAGGGAUUGGUGACCUUGCGAAAAAAAUGGUGGAAACCAAAAGAGACAAGGUACAUUCACUAGUUUAUUUGCUUGUGACAUUAGCGUUGAUCCUACCAGUUGCAACUGCUAGUGUAGAGAGGGCAUUUUCUGCUAUGAAUAUUGUAAAGAACCGAUUGCGCAACAAAAUGGGAGAUGAAUGGAUGAGUGAUAGCUUGAUAGUAUAUAUUGAAAAGGAGAUAUCUAGUGGCAUGGAUAAUGAAGUUAUCAUACAACGUUUUCAAAAUAUGAAAAGUCGUCGGGGACAAUUGUGA